CAUCAGCCUCAGCCUCAUUCCACUGCUCCACUGGUUCAAGUACAGUGGUAAAGUGGGUCUCUUUCUCUCUCUCUCUCUCAUGAUUCAAGCAACUUUUAUAGUCAUCCUUUUCCAAGUGACUGAAUGGCUUUUCCCAUUUAUUAUCUGGAUUGUGUUUUUGCCUCCAUUCAGUUCUCUGCUUGAGCUGACACACUCUUUGCAUUCAGCAUAUUAACCUGUUACCACCGUGUUUCUGGAUUCAUAUCACGUGGGGUUCUGACAUUUUUGUAGUUUCUUUGCUGUCCGGUGCCCUUUUUGAAGACUUUUAGAUGGUUCCUCUUUGUUAACCUGAAGCUGUGUGUGCAAAUUGACAUUCUGAUGCUUUUGAGACACUCUUGAAGUGGGGUUAUAUGGUUUCUCUGAUCCUUUCUUGUGUGUGCAAGUGAUGGAGUCUUGGAGCUUUGUUGGUGAGGAGAAAGGGUAUGUCUCCAAUGGAGCACUCUCAUCUCCCAACACACUUGGGAGAAGCAAAGGUUCCUUUUUGGGUUGGGAGCUGAAGACCCCAUGUAGUUUUUCCAAUGACAUGUUGGCUUUGGGUCAGCAAAAUGUUCAGGAUCAAGGUUUUGAGGAGUUGGGUUUUCCAGGAAUGUUGGGUAAUAAGCAAUUGUUUGGUGAUCCUAUUAGAAAGGUGGAUGAUGUUGUUGUUGACUGCAGAGUCACUAGUCCUAGUCCCGUUGUGGCUGCCCCAAAUGCAUUUUCUGCAAGGGGGGACUUCAAUUCCAAGCUUUCAAACUCUCUUGGGGACUCUAAUGGUGCCAAUUCACUCAUUGAUUUGAAGCUGGGUAGGUUUGGUGACCAUGGAGAUGCCAUGGUUCCAACAUUUUCCAAGGGAGCCCCCACUUUGUCUUCAUCUGAGUCCUCUACACCACAGAAAAGGGUGAGAGCUUCUGGGGUCCAUUCUCAGACUGCUUAUUGUCAAGUCUAUGGCUGUAACAAGGAUCUGAGUGGUUGCAAAGACUACCACAAGAGGCACAAAGUUUGUGAGGUUCACUCCAAAACUUCCAAAGUUAUAGUCAACGGCAUUGAACAAAGGUUUUGUCAGCAAUGUAGUAGGUUUCAUUUGCUGGUUGAAUUUGAUGAUGGUAAGCGUAGCUGUCGUAAGCGCCUUGCAGGCCAUAAUGAGCGUCGAAGAAAGCCUCAAGUUGGUAUUCACUCUGGAAAAGCUGGGAGAUUGCUUCAGCCUUAUAGUGAUAGCAGAUUCCAGGAAACAAUGCUAACAUCAUCCUUUAUCUGCCAAGAAAUACUCCCCAGUGGGGUCUUGUCUUCUGAGAAAUAUGGAGCAAGUAACUGGUGGAGACCUAUAGAAGCUGAAGACACCAAUGGUUUUACUUUUAAGCCACUUUCUUCCAUUCCUAUUACCAAUGGACAUCCUCAAUCAAGAUCUCUAUUCCCUUCAUACACCGAAAAACAAGUGCAAUUUCUUAACAAAAACAACAACCAAUAUCAUCAUCCACCUUCCCUUGGUGGCCAAAAUUCCGGGUCACAAUUAGUAUUCCAUGACACUUGCUUAGGAAGUGAGGACUUGAAUGUUUUUGAUACAGAAUUAUCAGGAAUUUCUGACUCUGGCUGUGCUCUCUCUCUUCUGUCAUCUCAAUCCCAGAACUCUUCAAGCCAUAGGCACUACAGCAUGAGUGAGGUUUCUGAAAAGAUGAUGGGAAUAAGUUCACAGGAUUCAAGUGGGGUGUCAGAUAAGUUUCCAUCUGCGGAUGGAACUCCUCUUGAUCUCAGUCAUCCCAUACUCAUAUCAGAUAGUAAUGAAAUUGUCAAUUUUGAAAUGGCAGAAGGGAUCUUCCAAGGUUGCACUGAAGAUGGCCUCACCAUUGACUUGCUUCAACUAUCAUCAAGAAAUGUCACAAUGCAACUGCAUGGUGGCACCACUCCACCACUAUCAUCAAGAGAUGAUUAUGAUUAGCCUUCAAACUAUGUUAAGAGAUCAACAAGUUAAAUUGGCCAUUAUACUAAUUGAUUAACAACCAUAAAACACCCAACCUAUGGUGUAAUUUGGAAUGUAAAGAGUGGCAAAAUUUAUUUCAUCUCUACAAUGUGCUAAAACCGUAAGUUAAUUCAUACUUUGCAUUUUGAUUAUUGUUUUUCUUUCUUGCAGGGGUAUGAUUUUCUAUGUAGGUAAUGUAAAUGAACAAUAAUGUCGUUGUAGUAUAGUAGUUUAAUAUAUUUUUAAGUGUUGUGUUAA